AUGGCAAAGAAGAUCUUAUUGGUUCUCUACGAUGGUAAACACCAUGCUAAGGAACAACCAUUGAUGCUUGGUUGUGUUGAAAACGAAUUGGGCAUUCGUCAAUUUGUCGAAAACCAUGGCUACGAAUUGGUUACCACCUCUAACAAGGAUGGUGCCGAUUCUGUGGUUGACCAAAACUUGAAAGACGUUGAAAUCAUCAUUUCUACUCCCUUCUUCCCUGUUUACGUGACAAAGGAAAGAAUGGACCAAGCUCCAGAUUUGAAGCUUUGUAUCACUGCUGGUGUUGGAUCUGACCACGUUGAUUUGGAUGAGGCCAACAAGCGUAAAAUCGGUGUAUUGGAAGUUACUGGUUCAAACGUGGUUUCUGUUGCUGAAUGUGUCCUUGAAACCAUGUUGGUUUUAGUAAGGAACUUUGUACCAGCUCAUAACCUUGCUAUGAAAGGUGAUUGGGAUAUUGCUCAAGCUGCUAAAAUGGAGUUUGAUUUGGAAGAUAAGGUCAUUGCCACUGUCGGCGCUGGUCGUAUUGGGUACAGAGUGUUGGAAAGAUUGGUUGCUUUCAACCCCAAGAAACUUUACUACUACGACUACCAAGACCUUGCAAAGGAGCAAGUGGACAGAUUGAACCAGGUAUCGAUGUUGCUCAAUGGUAGAGGCGACAUUGUUGAAAGAGUUACCAGCUUGGAGGACAUGGUUAGCAGAUCUGAUAUUGUUACCAUUAACUGUCCAUUGCACGAGAACACCAAGGGUUUGUUCAACAAGAACUUGAUUUCCAAAAUGAAAGAUGGUGCCUACAUUGUUAACACUGCUAGAGGAGCCAUAGUUGUUGCUCAAGAUGUAGCUGAUGCCUUGGCGUCAGGUAAACUUGCUGGUUACGGUGGGGAUGUUUGGUUCCCUCAACCACCACCUAAGGACCAUCCUUUUAUAACUAUGAGAAACAAGUUUGGUGGUGGUAACGCCAUGACCCCCCACAUUAGCGGUACCUCUUUGGAUGCCCAAAAGAGAUACUGUGAUGGGGUAAAGGAUAUCUUAGAAUCCUACUUUACUGGUAAGAACGAUUACCGUCCUCAGGAUGUGAUCGUCAUUGAUGGACACUAUGCCACUAGAUCUUAUGGUGAUAAGAAAUAA